AUGAGCAGCCUGGCCGAGCUCCGCGAGGGCUACGAGCGCUUCGACCCCUGCGCGUACCUGCGCAACAACUACCUCCCCCCCCGCGCCGACUUCUCCUCCGAGGAGUUCGUGGUGCCCUGGAAGCUGCGAUGCCUCGCCGACACCUUCGCCAGCGGUGAGAUCCGGGGCCAGACCCUGAUCGAUGUGGGCUCGGGCCCCACCAUCUACCAACUGCUGAGCGCCUGCGACCACUUCGAGGAGAUCGUGGCCACCGACUACCUGGCGGUGAACAGGGAGGAGCUGGGCCGGUGGGUGCGGGGGGACCCCGGAGCCUUCGACUGGAGCCCCUUCAUCCAGCACGUCUGCAAGAUCGAGGGCCGUGGGGAGCCGUGGCAGGACAAGGAGCGCCGGCUGCGGGAUCGCCUCCGCCGGAUCCUGCCCAUCGACGUGCACCGCCCGGACCCGCUGGGGGCCCCCCUGGACCCGCCGGCCGACGCUCUGCUCUCGGCCUUCUGCCUGGAGGCCGUGAGCCCCGACCGCGCCGCCUUCGCGCGGGCGCUGCUGCACGUGGGGUCCCUGCUGCGCCCGGGGGGCCACGCGCUGCUCCUGGGGGCCCUGGGCGAGUCCUUCUACCUGGCGGGGCCGGCGCGGCUGCCCGUGGUGCCGCUGGCCUUGGCCGACGUGCGGGCGGCGCUGGCGGGCGCGGGGCUGGCGCUGCGGGAGCUGCGCAGCUACGAGAUGCCCCCGGCGCUGCGCACCGGCGUGGACGACGUGCACGGGGUGUUCUUCGCCCACGCCCAGAAACCCCCCCAGGGGCACUGAGAGGAGCAGGGGGAAACUCGACCCCGGGACCCCCGGCGGUUGCGUUUGGGGGCGUGGGGAACCAACCCCCCCGGACCCGGAAUAAAGG